AUGCUCCCAUUCCUUCUUUGGCUAUUUAUUUUCUCAUUUAUCAUUUGCUUUUGGAAUUUUGUUUGGAAACGUCUUUCGCUUCCGCCCGGCCCUCUACCCUUACCUCUUCUUGGAAAUACUUUAACACUUGCACAUUAUGCUCCUGGUUAUGAAGCUUAUAAAAUUUGGGCAAAUAAAUAUGGCCCAGUCUAUACUUUGUGGUUGGGAGAAGAUCCAAUAGUUGUUAUUUCUGAUUUUGAGUGUAUGCGUGAUACGUUUGUUAAAGCGGGAGAGGCUUGUUCUGGCAGGCAUUUAAUGACUGCAAUUAAUAGUGUUUUGACGGCAACAAACGGUAAUUAUGGAGUUAUCCGAACAGAAGGUGAUCGUUGGCGAAUAAUGCGUCGAUUUACACUUCAGGCAAUGCGCGAUUUGGGGAUGGGAAGAAGCAAUUUGGAGCAAAAAAGUGUAGAUGGGUCAGUAAUUACCCGCUUAGAUCAAAUGAUUGAUAUUUUGGCUGGUUCUACAAUAAAUCAAAUGCUUUUUGGAUAUCCCUUUACUGAGGACAAACUCAAAGACUUUUACAAUUUAAAAGAAAAAUUAGAACAACAACGUUUAACAAUAACAACAAUUAGAGGCCGUUUAUUAAUGGGAAUGCCUUGGCUAAGAUAUUUUCCUUUAUUUAGUUCUACUUUUAAAGAAUUUGAUUCCCAAGUAUCUUCAACAUAUUCUUUUUUUGAAUUUAAUAUAUUUGAAAGAAUUAAAAAAAGAUUUAAUGAAGAAAAUAAUGAAGAAACAACAAAAGAUUUGUUAGAUUAUUUUUUGGAUCAAAUGGAAGAGGAGAAAGUAAAUGGGGGUAAAGGGGAAUUUAAUUUAGAGAAUCUUCGUUCACUUUGCUAUGAUCUUUUCCUAGCUGGCCAAGAAACAAUAUGUAUUACUCUAAACUUUUUGUUGUUAUAUCUUUUACUCGAUCAAAGAGUUCAAUUUAAACUUCAAAAAGAAUUGGAUGAAUUUAAAGAAAGGCGUAAAUAUUUGCAAGGAGAAAGGCAUUUUAAAAUGGUUGAUCGUUCUGAAUUGCCGUAUACAAAUGCUGUUAUUAAUGAGAGUCAACGUUUGUGCAAUUUAUUACCGCUAAAUCUCAGCCAUAGAACAACAAAAGAUGUUCAAUUACUUGACGGCAAAAUUAAAUUACCUGCAGGUGUCGCUAUAGUUCCACAGAUUAGUUGUGCUCUUUUUGAUGAAAAAAUAUUCCCAGAACCUAAUCGUUUUUUACCUGAACGUUUUAUUGAUAAAAAUGGUUGUUUAAAGAGAAUUGAACAAUUUGUUCCUUUCAGUUUGGGAAAAAGGCAAUGUUUAGGCGAAUCACUAGCUCGGAUGGAAUUAUUUUUGUUCACAACAAAUUUCUUUUCGAAAUUCAGAAUUUUCCCAGUAGAUCCUUUCAAUCCACCUACUACCGAGAAGCAGCUUGGAUUUGGAGUAUUUCCACAUCCGUAUAGCUGUCGAGUGGAAUUACGAAAUCAAUCAAGAGACUGAGUAAAGAAGUAAAAAUAUAAAAUGAUAAAUUUAGAUAGAUAAAAUUUUGUAUUUAAAUUACCUAAAUCCAAUUUUCUUCUAAAAGGGAUUUUAGAAUUUAUGUCCCUUCAUCUGCGGAUUGACUUUUUGAUUAGGCAAUGUUAUAAAUAUAAGAAUUCAUUCUUCGAGAUUUAAGAUUUUCCCAGUAGAUCCAUUCCAUCCACCCACCCCAUGAUAUUUCUUUUUCUACCCUUUUCUAAAUUGAUAUUCCUUUUUCUUUUCUGUUUCAUUAUUCAUGUUCUAUGUAUGUAUUCAAGUUUUGAAAAAUUAGAUAAAAUUUUUAUUCCUUUCUU